AUGGCCAGAAAAGAAGGCCAGCUGCUGGUUAAUUUGAAAACAAACUACCCUGAUGUGGUUGUAGAUAUUGGGAAAAUAAUUCUUGGAGAGGUAUCCAGAAAGAAGAUCUCUGACAAUCAGAAAAGGAAACGAAGUGAGCUCGUUAAAACAGUGUGCUCAUUGCUGAAUUCAGAAGGAGUAGUAAUGAGGAUCGAGACUGAAAAUAAGAAUUACUAUUUUCGGGAACGUGGCAUUGGCCCAGACAUAGAGCAGUCCUUCAGGGUGUUUAUUGACUCUGCAGAGACUUUACAUGGAUGCAGCAGCAGAAUCCCUUUCUGCUUUUUGUGAAAAACUUGAAGCUGUGGAGAUCCAGAGCAGAAAAGUGAAUCCACAAAGCCACAUUAUCUGUAGCUUGAGCUCUGGUUUGUCAUGUAGAUCUUUCACUUCAGUUCUCCCUGUUGCUCCACGUGCAGCUGUUGGAUUGCUCAGAAAGAAGGAAACCCAUGCCAAGAGCUCUGAAGAGAAUGGGCCAAGUCCUAAGAAAGCCUGGCUGAAUUUUGAUGGGGGAGCAAAGGAGACCCCUCUGAA